AUGCACACUGAUAGUUCUGAACAACCUGCAUCAGUUUGCAUGGAAAUCCGGAUGACGGAAGAUGAGUUAAGACGAGUGUCCUCUGUAGCAUUUUGCGAAACUUGUUCGCGGACAUUUGCGAACAAGAAUGCAUUCCGUCUGCAUCAGGUGAAAACGCAUAAUAGUAUAUGUGGGGAAGCUGAUUCGGCUUUAUUUCAUCGGAAACGAAUUACAUUACAAGCCCAGAAGCACUAUCUCUGCCCUGUUAUUGGUUGUCGAUAUAACAGUGGUCGUUUUUUCAAUGCUUAUAAACUUCUUCAUCAGCAUUUUUUCAAAGUUCACGAGGAAAAGCGUUUUAGAUGCGAUAAAUGCAAAACAGCAAGAUUCAGUUUGCAGCGUGACCUACUGUACCAUCAAAGAAAACGAUGUCUAUUAAAAGGAGGAAUGUCAUAUUGUAGUACUCAUACAUCAACAUUAGCUGGAAUGAAAUCAUGUUGUCCAGAAAUAGAAAGGUGUUCGAGAAAACAACUUAUGACAAACCAUUAUCAAAAUAUAGUCUCUACAGCAUCUGAGAAUAAAGUCACAAAUAUCGUCUUCAUCAAUGUGAAUAUGCUCCACGCAAGUCGUGCACCAUCUUUCAGAGAAAUCCACCCAAAACCAACCUUUCGGGCAACAAAGAGCAGCCAAACAGAUUAUGUGGAAUGCUGUGACAGAUCGGUUAUGUGUGAUGCAGGUUCACAGACGACUCAGUGGAGUGCCUGCGAACUCUCCGCAUCGGUAUUACACAAGUAUAAUGAUUUCCACUGUCAAACGCAUAAUGCAAGAGGGGUUGAGUUUGGUACGCAGAUCUAUCCAGAAGACGUAGCAAACGAUGAUAUCAAUGUAAAACACAAUAAGACACACAGUGACUUCGAAUUCGAGGAUAUCUGGCGUCAUAUCGAAACACAAACUUCCACUUUUACUGGUAAUGAUGCACGAACGCAGACGGCUAUAGACUUCAUGGAUAAUGCAAGCAUGACUGACUGGGAUCUGCUUAUUUGA